AGUCUCGUCUCUCCUUGGAUGCCAAAUGGCACCGCUGCACGUUACCUAGCGAGGCAAACUGUGUCGGAGCGUAUCCGGGUGCUUACCGGAGUCGCGGAUGGCCUCUCUUUUUUGCAUAGGCACGGUGUAGUGCACGGUGAUUUGAAGGGCGAAAAUGUCAUGAUCGACAUGAAUUUUGAGCCGCGCAUCGCUGACUUCGGCCUGAGCAAGCUUCUAGAUGAGGUUUCGACCAACUUGACGAAAACCGCCACGGGAGACGCACUUGGUAGCAUUCGUUGGACUGCACCUGAGCUCUUCUUAACUCCUGGAGUAAAUAAAUGGAGUGAUAUCUGGUCUUUUGGGAUGACAAUGCUCGAAUUGUUCACAAACGCUCCGCCAUAUCGAGACCUAACCACUGAUGCACAAGUGAUUAUCAUGGUGCACAAAGGUGAAAGACCCCAGCGCCCGAGCCCGAGGUUCGGAAUGGAUGAUGAUAUCUGGAAUCUAUGCUGCAAAUGCUGGAGUUCAAAUCCUGAGCUUCGACCUUCAACACGGGUCAUUGCAAAGCAGUUG